CACCGUACUCUUCGCCAUUAGCUUAUUCAUAUAGUAUUUACUCCCCUGGCACAUAUAUUAUUUUAGGGUCCCCCGUUUCGUAUUUUGGCACUGCAUUUGUGUUUACUCCUGCAAUGGCUCAUUCUGAUUCAUCUUUUCCACUUAGGUCUCUGCGACAACGAAGGACUGUGUCGUUGCUAAUAAUAUAUGGAUCUGCAUUGUUGUUAUUAGUAUCAGUGAUUCCCACCACAGAAGGACGAAGCUUCACAUCUAUCUUCGGCUUUGGAGACUCCAUUGCUGAUACUGGAAACUUGUAUUUCAGCUCCCAACCACCACCGUCCCAUAAAUGCUUCCGGCAUCCCUACGGCAAAACCUUCUUUGGCCAUCCCGUCGGGAGGUGCUCCGACGGCCGUCUAAUCAUCGUUUCAUUGCUGAGUCCUUGGAGAUUCCAUGGGUGAAACCAUAUCUGGGAAUCAAGAAUGGCCAAGUGAAGAAUUGGAACAAAGAGGAAGAGGGAGUGAAUUUUGCAGUUGCAGGAGCAACGGCUUUGGAUCAAAGUUUCUUUCAAGAGAGAGGAAUUACUGUUCCAACCAAUGAUUCCCUCACAGUUCAAUUGGGUUGGUUCAAGGAGUUGUUGCCUUCUCUCUGUAAUUCUUCCUCAAGUUGCAAGAAAGUCUUAGGAAAAUCAUUAUUCCUUGUGGGAGAAAUAGGAGGGAAUGACUUUAAUCAUCCUUUUGCUUUAAGAAUGAAGCUGUCUGAGGUGGAAGUCUACGUGGGCCCAGUGAUUAGUGUGAUAUCUUCAACAAUCAAGGAGUUGAUACAUCUAGGAGCUCAAACGCUUAUUGUUCCUGGAAAUUUUCCAAUUGGGUGCAGUGCAUCCUACUUAACAAGGUUUCAGAGCAAUCAUAAGAAUGACUAUGACAAAGCAGGUUGUUUGGUUUGGUUAAACAAGUUUGUAGCGUUUUACAACAAGAGGCUCCAAUCUGAAGUGAAUCGCCUUCAACAGCUUUAUCCUCAUGCCAAUAUCAUUUAUGCUGAUUACUACAACGCUGCAGUGCCACUCUAUCAUUCUCCCAGCAAAUUUGGUUUUACAAGUCUGAAAGCUUGUUGUGGAAUUGGAGGUGCAUACAAUUUCAAAACUUCAAUAGUAUGCGGAGAUGAAGGAGUAAAAGCUUGUGAGGAUCCUUCUAAGUACAUAAGCUGGGAUGGUGUUCAUUUGACUGAAGCCGCAUAUAGAUUCAUCGCCAAAGCUUUAGUAAAUGGACUCCUGACUACUCCUAAAUUUGAUGCCUUGCACUUCAACAAUCAUAUCACUACUGGUUCUUCCUAUAUGGAUCAAUCUGCUUAGUUUUUGACUACCUUGUAAGGCUAAAUACUCUUGGGUGACCAAUAGUGAAGUGGUGCCGUUGGGAAAGGGUGCAAAAAACCCCAUUGGGGAGUGAAUUCACUUAGCUCUUUGUAUUUUAAAUGCUUAUAUAUAUAUAUAUAUAUAUAUAUA